AUGAACUUACAAACCAGGUUCACCAAAGCAUUAGACCUUGGUUACAAGAGCUUUCUAUCUAAAGAUGCUGUCAAAACUAUCUUUUCUUACGAUAAUCGUCUGAGGGAAGAACUACAUAAAGAAUGCAAGCUACAUCAAAUUCCUUAUAAAGUUCCUUCGGAUUUAAUGGUUCAGAAUGCGAACGAUCCCAGAAAGACCAAAAUUUUCAAUUACUCUAGCCAGCUAGUCAACCAUGACUUCUUUUUCUCGGGUAUUAUUCCUUCGGAUCGAUCUUCUGAGGAUGCUGAUCUUGGAGUUGUAAACCUAAAGCCAGGAAUUGAUGCAUCUUUUGGCUCUUUUAAUGAACUUCGUUCUCAGCUAAUCGAGGUUGGUAAUUCCGUAUUUGGCGAUGGAUGGCUAUGGCUGGUGUAUAGUCCCGAGCGCUCUCUCUUUUCUUUACUUUGUACUUACAAUGCAUCCAACGCUUUUCUAUGGGGAACAGAAUUCCCCAAAACCAGAACAAAAGAAAUUGUUCCAUUGCUGUGCUUGAACUUAUGGCAAUAUUCUUAUUUGCAAGACUAUGGCAUUAAUAGUAAGGAAACUUACAUUUCCAAUUGGUGGAACAUGAUAAAUUGGUCAGUCGUGAACAACAGAUUUCAAGCCAGCCGUAUGGAACCACUUUGA